CCGCAAUGCUUCCUUCUGUUCUUGAUCCUUAAUCUAUAUAAACUUCAAACCUAAUUGGAAAUUUAGAACUAAUCCCGUAUGAGUUGAUUUCCUUAAAUGACAGUGUUGUAAUAAGGUUAGUUGAAAUGUCUGCUUCCAUCUCCAACCUCAAAAUCUCAGUAUGGCUUAACCUUCAAAUCACAGUAUCUCUCAAUCCCUACCAGCUUUCCUGCUUCCAAUAUCUCUUCUGAUCCUUUGAAGUAAAAGUUAAGGAAGCUUCAAACCAAACCCAUCAUCAAAUAUUGUCUCAUUCCAUUUUCACCACAUUCAUCAUUUUCUCCUUUUUUGACUAUUACACCAUGGAAAUCCAAACUAGUCAUCUUGAUCAUCAUGAUGCUCAGACUCCUACAGAAAUGACAUCGAAUUAUCGCUCCAACGUCGACACAUCGCGGCCUUUUCGCUCUGUCAAAGAAGCCGUGGCGAUAUUUGGAGAGAGAUUCUUGGCAGGGGAGAUAUAUGCUCCAAAGACAUUUUCAUUCCCCAAGCCAGAGACUCCAGUAUGCUUCUACACCCCGUCUCCAAGCCCGCAAAACUCUCAAGAAAUCGUGUCGUGGAGGUCCAUUGACAGCAGCAGCAAUGAUAAUUCUAAUCUUGCUCAAACUCUCAGGAAGCUGGAAACCGAAUUGGAGGAAACUAAGCUCGAGCUGAAGAAACUUAAGGACAGAGAGUCAGAGACAGAGGUGGCAUUGGCUUCUUUGAAUGCUGAGCUUCAUAAAAACAUGUCAAAAUUAGCCCAGGCAGAAGCUGCAGCAGCAGGAAAGGCAGCCAUGACUCCAAGAAUAUCAGCUGUCCCUGAGAACAGAAACAGGGGAUUAGGCCAUAAUAAACAACAAGGCGAUCAUGGAAUUUCUGAAGACGAUCGGCGCAGGGAUAUGAUUGUAAGGCUGGAAAGUUCACCAACUCUGGCUCAGAUGUUGAAUACUGCUGCAGAUAAAGACGGCUGGUUUGAAGCAAACUUCAAGGUGAACAAUAAGGAGAAAAGGGUGAAGAAGAAGCCCAUUAUUCCACUCGUUGGGGACUUGUUUUCGAAGAAAAAAGGAUCUUCUACUUCUGUGAUUAAUCCUCUGUAUGCAGCUUCGCAUCUGAGACUGAACUGAGAGAGGAAGAACACCUUAAAGUUCAUCAUUCCCUUCUUACAUUUUGUCUUACUGUCUUAAAAAAAAAAAAAAGAGUUCAAAUAAAAGAGUUUUUCUUUCUAACUUAUUGGUUUCUAAUCCUGCACAUGCCAGAAAAGGUGAUUCAUUGUCUUCAUACUUGUGUGACUUCCUGUAUCAGACAGGUCUGUUUGUAAAAGUUGAUUCUAGGAAUUUGAAUUGUGUUAAAAGUUAACUUUUCAUUAAUGAUUUUGUCAGCGCCUUUUGCCGGCAUUCUUGAUUAAUCACACGCGUGGCUCUCGUGUACCAUGAGCUAUGUUACCUGGACUCGGAUACGGGUGUCAUAUCGGAUGCGGGCGUCUUGAGUGUCCGACUCGUCAAUAUUUCAGAAAUUUUGGACAUUUUAAGCUAAAAUGCCACACCCCAUACUCAUACUCAUACCAGUUUCGACACGACACGACACGGGUGUUCUCCUCAAAUAGAAGAGUCCGGGUAACAUAGAUCAUGAGUCUGAUAGUAGAAUAAUACUACUACUAACUAAAUUUAGCAGACU